UUUAUGUGAUAGCAGCUCAAAAGGAAGUCUAUGUGGAGUGUCUCAGGAGUUCUCACUUCUCACAAUUAGUUAUCAUACAUCAUUUGUAAUUAGUUGUAAACAUGUUUUAACUUUUUUUGUUCAUCAAUAAUAUUAAUCUAUAUCACCAUUAUAAAAAAAUGUUGUUACCUUAUAUGAUUAGAUGUUAUAUGAAAAUUGAAAGCAAUAACGUACGUAACUCACUUACUAGAUUGACCCAACAAUGAAUUACCUAAAAAAACCCAUCAUAUUCCAUUGUAAUAUAUUGACAAAUAACUACAUUACAAUUCUUAGAAUUUUGGUUUGUAUGAUGAUAUGCGAAAAAAAAAAAAGGCAAUUCAAUCAAUAAAAAACUAUCAUUAUUCUCAAGGUCUCCGUAGCCUUGCUUUGCUUAUAUAAAUCACCAUAUGCACUUCUUGAUCAAUACCACAACAGGCAACGUAAGCACCACAUAACACACUACUGAUCUUGUUCUGGUCGAAUACUUGGAAAUUAAUUAAAAAUUAUGAAUUCCAACAAAGCUAUGUUCCUUAGCCUUCUUCUUCUGUUUGCGUUGGCCUUCGUGGCUCGCUCAUCGGCGACUUUCCCAGCUGUCCCCCGCUCCGAUCUCGAGAUAGAAGGCGAAGAGGGCGGGGCGACCACUCAGCCGGCGUCUACUUGCCAUGAAGCUGUCAACAAAAUCACCUGCCUUUCGGGUUAUUGCUGUAAUUGUAAGUUCCUUGGGGGAUGCGCCCGCUGCUGCAGCAUAUUCUAGAAAAUCUGCAGGUAAAACGGCAAGAACAAGAACAUCGUAUCAUCCCAUAUGAACAAUCAAGCUCUGUUUCUAUCUUCCAGUCCUAAAUAUGUAAUUUCCAUUUUCAAAUAAUGGGUUGCAACCUUCUUCUGUUAAUGUCUGUCUUCUGAAACUAUGAUUAUGUAUGUCCAUUAAAAAAAUUAUCCCCUACUAUGUUACACACUCAUAUGUUUGAGUUUUAAAUUUACUGCGGCUGUUAAUGUUCUUUAUUAAAAAAAAGUUUGUGUUGGUUCACUUUCGUCAUUUCAUUGCUUGCAGACCUUGAGUUAUGGGAUUCUACAACUUGACAAGGAUGUUAUUACGAAUUUUCAAAUAACUCGAGUUGUUGAUAAAAUGGAUGUUAAUAAAGCAAUUUACAGAGGCGAAGCUAUAAUUUUAUUUUCGAGGGCUAAAAAUUAGAAGGUGUUACAUACUCUUUUACAUCAAUAAAUCGUUUCAGUAUUCAUAACAAAGCUAUCUUUGUAAUUCUUAUAAAAAAUAUAUGACCAAAAUAAAAGUUUAUAAAAUACGGUGAUAAAAAUUAUGAUUGGGGAUGGGAAUAUAUAUAUAUAUCUUCUAUUUCUCUCUGAACGACUUUUCGAGAUCCAAUUUUCACUAUGGCGCCCAUUGCUAACGGAGUCUCGUCGGGUGUUGUUGGUGAUAGUCGAUCCUGGGCUUCGCUUUUUGGAUCUUCAGAAGAUAACCAGUUGCAUUAUUAUGUGUCGAAGCUUAUCAACAGAUUGGUGAGAAUUCCCUAAUUUGUGAUGGAGGAGGGUACUCAGAGAAUGAAAAAUAGUUUGGUGGGGCAAUUCUUGGGCUCUCCAUCAUCUCUCGCAACGAUUAGGUUGUUGGAAAAUUUGCUCUAGGGAUGGGAUGGAGAGAUAAGGGUGUCCUGGUUUGAAGAUCGCCUAGUUUAAUUUCAAUACCAUUUUGAGGCAGUGUGCAGAUGACUCGCUAUGACACAACUCCUAACAAUGGCCAAGUGUAACCAAUGAAAGGGACUGCAGUGUAGUGGCUCAAGUAAUAAAUAUCGAAUCCACGGGUCUCUAGAGUUACUAUUACUCAGCUUCAGUUCAUUAUCUAGCAAACCAGAUUAACAUAGAACAACUAAAACUACUCUAGCAAACUACAGUUAAAGUUAAUUUAAUUACAGGCUGGGAACUCACUUAGGUAUGAUUCCCCCUAGCCACUAGCCAGAUUAAUGAUUGAUGAUCUCUAACCUGCUUCACUUUCAUUCACAAUGCGGAGAAUCCUUGACUAGACCUUGAGUCUCGACUAAAGGAACAAGGCCCUCUUGAGUCAAUUGCCUAGAGGGACGUAUCCUUCUCUAGAAAAACCGAUCAAGACGUUCUGAACUAGACUCCCUCUAUCGAAAGAGGUUCUCAAUCGAAACAAAGCAUUGAAUCAACCCUCGACUAAAGCAAUCGAUCCAAUACUAUCAAUCUAUGGUGCUCUAUUAACCUAAUCAGGUAUUCGCUCUCAUAGGAUCAAAGCAGAAUCAAUAAUCUCGACUAAAGCAGAAUUGAAUCAUGAAAACGUGCAUAGAUUGAAUAUGAACUCAAGAUUAUCAAGUAGGAGUACUCAUACAAUCAUCCAAUCAAACAAACAUAGCUAGGGUUCCUCAAAACCUAAGUGAAGGAAGUUACUCCAUAGAGAAGAGAGAGACUGCAGUAAGAAUCUUCAAUUGAUCAGUCUUCAAGUCCGGGCUUGUUCCUCGAGCUUCCAAAGCGAAGAAAUCCUCCAAUUCCAC